AUGGCCGCUCGGUAUCAAUACACACCCUUCUCCGCUCCAAAAUCAAUCCGCCUCAUCCGCCUCGUCAACACCGCAGAUGAAUCCUCCCCCCUCGAAUGCUCGUUUGAAGAAACCUCCCUCGACAACCCAGUCUCCUACGCAGCCCUCUCCUACACCUGGGGAGGCGAACCCUCAAACGUCCCCCUGAGAGUAGUAAAAACUACCACCAUCGCAACAGCAACUUCCAAUGGCGCCCAGCAAAUCCAACAACCCCCGCUAAUGAUAACCCCAAACUGCGCCGCCGUCCUCAACAUCCUCCGCGGCCCACGCAUUCGCGACCUCUCACUAUGGGUCGACGCCGUCUGCAUCAACCAGUCCUCCAACGACGAGAAGAGCGUCCAGGUCGGGAUGAUGGCGGAACUCUACAAAAAGGCAAAGUACGUGUUUGUCUGGCUUGGCAACGAGUGGGCUCCUGCUUCGGUGCUUGCCUUGUACAAGGGUGUUCCGAGGGUGAAGGACGAUCAGAAGCGAGACCUAGACCCAAUCCUCCUCUCCAAAAUCCAACGCGCACCCUACUGGCUGCGCGUCUGGACCCUCCAGGAAGCAACUUACAGCAAUGCCUUCAUCCUCUGCCUCGACGGCGGGGGCGAAGCCCUCUCCACCAUCCUCCAGAACUGGGGCGACGCCCAUAAAAGUCACCCGGACCCGAACCAGCUCGCCAUCAACAUGCGUCGGAUAAUCAUCACGGACGUUUCUACUACGACCGUUACUUCUGCGAAUGUUGCUGUGAAUGCCGCAGAUGCCGACGAGCAGCGAGAAGCGGCGAAGAUUGCUGCGCGCCGCGGGAAGUUGGAUGUCUACCAGCUCAGAAUGCUGCUGUACUUACAGUCGACGGAACCCCGUCACAAAAUUUACGCCCUACGAUCUAUAUUCCCAGAGACCUUCGGAAAAGUAGCGGUCCACUACACGGAUCCCGUAGGAAAGGUUUACCGUGAGGCGACGAGGCAGCAUAUCCUGGGACAGGACAGUCUCACCCAUCUCCUCCUCCUCGAUGGAGGAGACACAUCGACACCACCGUCACCAUCAACAUCAACUUCAGCAACAAGCACUCAUGUCACCCCCGUCCCAGACCUCCCCUCCUGGGCCCUAAACUGGAACAAACAAACCACAGACGGCAGAAUCCUCCUCGACGUCCCCUCAUCCUCCUCCCGCAGCAGCAAACCCUCCUACAGAUUCUCACCCGACGCACACACGCUCUACCUCAAAGGCAGAUGCGUCGGGCGCGUAGGCGACAGGAUCAGCCCCAAACUCCCAUUAUUCGACCUAUCCUUUGUCCUAGCAGACAAGAAGGAAGAGUUCAUCGCCUGGGUAGGUGACGCCAGACGUGUCUCCCAGGCCUUCCUCGCAGACAUCUUGUCACCGCCGCCCACCGACGCAAGCAAAGAAACUCAAGAAAACGCACUUCGAACCUUUCGCAGCAUCCAAGCCCUCCUCGUGCGCAUCCUCCGCGCAAACCCACGAACGCAACCCGACGCCGCCUCCUUGACCGCAGUCUCCACACCUUCAGCACUCGCAGAAGGAGUAGCGUCACAGACACCGCCCGCCUGGUUGAAGAUAGGCAACAUCACCGUGGCCGUGGGCUCGGGCUGUAUGUUCCUCACCACUCACAACUACUUCGGGUUCUGCGUUUCGGAACCGCAGCCGGGAGAUGAGAUCUGCGUCUUUUCGGGGCUAGAUGUCCCGUUCGUCGUUCGGUCGAGGGGGAGCGGGGGGUACAUAGUCGUCGGGUAUGCGGUCGUCGACGGGGUCAUGGACGGAGAAGCGUGGCCUGAUGACGAGGGCGAGUUGGCGGAGUGGGCGUUGGUGUAG